AACGUAUAAAAAGGAAGUGGGCAAAGAAAGAAGCUAAGAAAUCGACCCAUAUUGCGGCGCGUACAGUGAAGUGACAACAAUGGUAAACGCAUCGUUAACACUAAUUUAUCCUACGCUACUUUCGACGUUGAGAGGAGCCAAUUCUACGAUCUUUCCGAACGCAGAAGCAAACUUAUCUCUGAUUAAUCAGGAUAAUAGCCUACUAAGUGAAUUGGAGCUGAAUGUUUUACGUCCCAAUUUGAAAACGGUUACUUUCACGCUUUACACACGAGAAAACCCAGCCGGCGAGGUCCUAGUACUAAACGACAUAAACUCGGUCCAAGCGAGUCAAUGGAACCCGGAAAGAAAAACCGCUAUAAUCACUCACGGUUGGGUUAACAAUGGUUUAAGUUCGUCGUGUACACUCGUACGCGAUGCUAUUAUUAAGGUCAAGAAUUGGAACGUCAUUGUCGUCGAUUGGGGUAAGAUAUCAGCCAACUUGAUAUAUUCCAUCGUUGCAAAGGACGUACCACACGUUGCUCUCCAUGUAGCUAGUUUCGUAAAUUUCAUGCGAACUGAGGCUGGUUUGCAAACGUCCAACUUGAGAAUUAUUGGACACUCAUUCGGCGCUCAAAUCGCGGGCUUGAGCGCGCAAGAGAUAGGAAAAUCGAGCCGAGUAGCGGAAAUUGUCGCACUCGACCCUGCUAAGGUAAUGUUUGAAGACAAAGCACUUGAUCAAAGAGUUGAUGCAUCGGAUGCAGAAAAUGUUCAAAUUAUCCACACGUGCGUUGGACAGUUCGGUUAUUCUCUACCUGUUGGUACUUCAGACUUCUAUGCGAAUGAUGGAAGACAUCAACCAGGAUGCGGCAUUGACUUGCUUGGAAUUUGCGCACACUUGCGUAGCUACAAAUUCUACGCUGAAUCAAUUACGAAUCCGAAAGGCUUUCUCGGUAGACGUGCAGACGGUGCAACGGCAUACAUGGGUGGUGCUACGCUCGAUCCUAAAGCUAAAGGAACCUAUUACUUCAAAACUACCGGUCAAUAUCCUUUUGCUCUUGAUGGAUAACAUUAUUCUUUUGAAUAUUUGGAUGUAGUUUGUGCAGAUGUAUUUCAAUAUUAGUAAGAUACUUGUAUAGAUUAUGUCGGAAAUUAAAAAAUAAAUAGCUGUUGAUUUUAUUGUUCAUUAAAAUUCGUAUAAGAAUCUUAUUUCGAUUUAGUGCAACCGUAUCCUGAAUUCUUUGAGUUGAUUUCGAUGCAAGCAUGAGCAUACGCAUAGCGAUGCCGAGCAAAGGCGUCGUCUUAACCCUUUCGCUACGGGCGGCUUCUUCGUCGCGGCACUCCCGCUGAACGAGUCUCCGCGCCAGAACAGUGCACGCGAGAAAGAUCGUCAGUGGUGGAUAAAAUUAUUCUUCGCGUGCAUUUUGAAUAUGUAAAAUAUUAAACUCGAGUUGGGAUGUAAAUAACUCUUGAUGCGAUGAUUCAUUAAAAUCUU